AUGAGCAGUGACAGUGAAGACGAGGAGGCUGCUAGAGACGUCCGGGGCAACCUCCUGUUCAGCGGAAACCGGGCGCGACUAGAGUACAAGCUGGGGUCCAUCUCUUGUUCCGAAACAGGAGAAACUUCAGCCAUUAUCGGCAUUGCGGAGCUUGGGGGAAGGCUGAUUGUGGGAGUUCCUUGGGCGGCCUGGCAUAAGAAAGUUGCAAAGCGCAAGCUCGAGAAAGGUGCCCUGGGCAAAGCCAUCCUAGUCGACGUGGUUGGGGCCUAUCCUGCUGAUCUUGGUGAGCCCGCAGAAGAGCUGGUUGUUCGGCUAUGGGUAGGAGUUCUUGCCAUGCAGGCGGAGGCGAGCGUGAGCUACCAGCAGGGUGUGGAGCACACCUACAGCUUCGGGGCAGAUGCCCUGCCGUACGGGGAGGCUCUUGUGAAGGUCGCCGACGAGCACUUCGCCUUCACCACGGCAGAGUCUGGUGGAGGGGGCGAGGGCAUGUUCCGUCGUAUGUCCCAGGUCGAGGCGGGCCUGGCCGAGAUGAAGAACCUCUUGCAGGACCUGGUUGCUCAAAAGUCGAGCGAGGCUUCAAAACCGCCGCUGCUGAAGCCGAGGACCAAAAGCAAAGCUGGAAAGAGCAGGGGAGAAGAGCUUGGUUUGCAAGGACUAGAUCCCAGCACAGUUGGCGCUGCCCGUGCGGCUGGCAUAAGCGACGAAGCCCUGAAGGAGAUGGGGAAGUUGGUCAGGGCCAAGAAGACUCGCGCCACCGAGGCCGCAGUCAGCUUAGUCGACCCGCUCGCCGAGUUGGAGGCCGGCUCGGACGGCGACGACGGUGCUGGGUUGGGCUUGGACGAGUUGGAUGGCGUCCUGGAUGGAGCGGAGACGGAGGAGCCCAACAGGAUGGAGAAGGCCAUCUUGCAGCUCACCCGCAUCGUGGGCACAUUGGUGACAAAGAAGAAUCCGGACCUGGACACCGUGCUAGACCAUGGCAGCUUGGGCAGCAGUUCAGAGUCUGGAGGUCUGGGCGCAGGAAAGAGAAGUACUGCGGCCCUCCGCUUUCUGAGCCGAGCUCUGGAGGAGCAGCCGAAGGUCAUCUACGAUGCAGUGGAGGCCCAGCUUCAGAAAGACUUGGGAGGCCUCGCUACUGGAGACUCGAUGGUGAAGACGUGGCUAUGUUCUCGCUCUCGGAUCCAGAACUUUCACACUCAGGUGAGAUGGUCGUGGCAAGUCGGGGCCAUUUGGCAGGAUCUCAUCAACGGCGACGCAGACCGCGCGCGCGCGCGGGCGGCGCUCCUCAUUGCCGCCUCGGAUCAAUCCUCCAUAGAUGGGGGCAGUUGGGUAAUGAGCUCCGUGUCAUUGUUGGAGGCGAUGCCACCUUUCCAGGAAUUUGCAAAACAUUCCUUGCCAGGGCCUGCGGAAAACCAGACAAGCUCCCUUUACGACCCGCGAUGGAGCGAGGUCUUCCUGAGCGCCCUUCGCGAGCGGGACGCUUGCAACGAUGCCAGACGGAAACUUGCUCAGUUGGAGAAAGGAGGCCGACCAACGAAGCCAGACGACAAGGACCUGCCCUGGAGACCUCCGAAAGGAGGGAAGGAGGGAAAAGGCGGCAAGGGCGGAAACGCCAAUGCCGAAAAGUCUGCGAGAGCCCGUUUGAACCAGACCGUCCUCCUGAACUACUUGGCUCUUCUUCUUUUGACCCUCGUCUUUGCAGCGAUCCAGGCUGUCGCGGAGGUGGGCGCGGAUCUCCAGGCCGACCUGAAGACGGCGCCAGUCCUCACCGGCAUGUGCCUGGAACGUGUGCGAGACCAGUUGACCCGCUGGGUGUCUUUCGUGACUUGGUGGGUAGAGUUUUCCAGCAAUCCUUGGACGAUUGCUCCAGCAGAACUUAAGCAGCUGAUCGUAAAUGUGCAAGUCAUCCUGCUGAACUACCUAGACCUGGGUCGUCCCCGCGUAGCCCCCGCGUCGUGUCUUGGUCCUAGGCCUUUGAGCGCAGCUCAGUCCGAGAUUGUGGCCCGACUGGAAUCCUUCCUAGAUGCUUGGUUCACGCUCGGCACGCUGGGGCCAGAAGACAUGGGGCGAACAGCAGGAAAGAUCGAGGACCUUGAAGCCGUCCUCAGCAAGCUUGCGACUUUGGUUGACGGCGCAAGCCCUGACUGCGCCAAGACCGGGACCCUUGGGCAUCUGAAAGGAGCAAAAGUGUCGAGCUUCAAGCCGGUGGAAGCAGGGAGGUUGAAGUUCCGAGGCCUCCCAAACUUUGACCCCAGGCCAUAUCUCGACCCAUUGUCCCUCUACAUCUAUGAGCAUCCUAUGGCAUCUUCCAUGGACCCAGGGGAGUUUGAAGGAGUUGUCCCGAAAGUUCGAGUACAUUGCAGCAGGACCGAGAAGAUUAAGCUGUUCGACCUCUUGGACCAGAGCAAGCGGAUCAGGCUGUUUGAGCCAAGCCAAGUGCGCGAAGGGUUUGGUUCUGGAGUUUUCGCCGUGCUGAAGUCCUUGGAGUUGGAUAGACUCAUUUUGGACUCACGUCCUCACAAUGUACUAGAGACGACACCGAACAGGUACAUCUACACCUUGGGUUCUAGCGAAGUACUUGCGCAACUCCACCUGAGUGAGGGCGAAAACUUGUAUCUGUCAUCAAAUGACAUACGCGAUUUUUACCACUUGUUCAAGGUCAGCCAGGAGAGGGCUCGACGCAACAUUCUUGUUGGCACAGUGGCCCCGAGCGAGGUGUCACAUUUGUCGUGUUUCGAGAACCAUCUCUUCCGGCACCCCAGACUCUGCGUCGGCCUUGCCUGUCUUGCUAUGGGAGACACGCAAGCCGUGGAACUGGCGCAGACCUGCCACUUAGGUCUGUGUCUCCAAAACUCGAUCAUCUCGGCCGAGACCCUGCUGGCAAUGAGUUUGCCGCCUCCUAGGAGCAAAGUGGGAUGCGGACUUGUGAUUGACGAUUUCGUUUCUUAUGCAAUUGAGAGUAGAUGUCCGAAAGAAGUGUUGGCAUCACCUACCAGGGCAGCGGUGUUGGCCGAUGAAGCUCAUGCUGCCUACACACGUGUCCAGCUCAUUCCCCAUGAAGACAAAGCUGUGAGAGAUUCUCUGAGGUGCGAGAUGUGGGGUGUUCUCAUCGAGGGCGACGUGGGCUUUGUCAGAGGCUCACUUAGACGCGCUGCUCCUCUGUGCACCAUCAUUCUCACCAUCUUAAAAAUCGGUGCCGCUACGACAGGUCUUCUGGAAAUCGUGGCUGGAGGCCUUAUCGCUCUUUUCAUAUUGAGACGACGCCUUAUGUCGCUUUUGCAUGAGAUCUUCGCUGCUAUGCGGGGCCGUGAGCAGGAUGAAGCCUUUUGGCUGAGCAAUAAGCUAAAGGAGGAACUCACCAUGCUGGUCGGUCUUGUGCCCACUGCAGUGGUUGAGCUCAGGACGGCGUAUUCCGAAAAGGCGUACAUGGUUGAUGCUUCGAAUUGGGGUGAGGCUGUGACAUCGUGCCAGAUUGGGUGCUUGUUUUCCAAAGAACUUUGCAGGCAUUCGCUCCGGAAAGGAAUCUGGACGCAUCUUCUCAGCCCAGCUCGCGCUCGUGAACGUGGGCACGGGACUUUAGACCCUGCUUUUGAAGUGCCUGGAGGUGAGGCGGACUGCUUCAGAGCUCAUCCAAUUUGGACCACUCUAGCCAAGGCUGGGCGCUUCAAACUAGAGUACUCCAAGGCUGCCCGUUCCCGGCGCCACAUCAACAUCGGAGAGCUCCGCUCAUACUUAAAGGCUGAACGGCUCGCUAAAGUACCUGGUAAAGCGACAAGAGCAUGUGUGGGAGGCGACUCCCAAGUCACCUUGGGGGCAGUCCUCAAGGGCAGGUCAGCCAGUGCUGCCCUCAACCAAGAGAUGCAGAAGUCGCUACCGCACGUUAUAGGCUCAGGGCUCUAUUCUUUCAGCAUGUACUGCCCGACAUCCAUCAAUCCUGCUGACGGGCCAACGCGAGGUCGUGAUGUUCCUUCUCCACUUGAAGAACUUCCGGACUGGUGGGAGUCGGCGUUGACUGGGAAAUUCGAGGGCAUGGCUGCUGAACGUGAAGUCCAAAUGCAACUCGGAAAGAAGUACCUGACGAAGCUCAAACAGAUCAGGACUGGCAGGCAAGAGUGCCAGGCGCCGGAACUAGAGCCACCGUCUCAAAACACGGAUUUCAUGUGCAAGUUGCUGAAUGCUAAAGGGCAGCUUGUGCUACCUGCCGGUCGCGUAAAGGGAGAUUGCGUCGGACGGCCAGGAUACUUAGAUCUGUUCUCAGGCACCGGUGGAGUCGCUCGAGAACUGGCCAGACUCUCUGGCCGGUGGGUUUUGAGCUACGAGAUCAAGAAUGGCUUAGACCAGGACCUGCUAGAUAAACUUGUGCAAAAGGAAAUCUUUGGCCUUUUGGAUGCAGGAGCCUUCGUUGGGAUUGGGGCAGCGCCUUCUUGCGCUUCUAUGUCCCGGGCUGUCGCUCCUGCUGUCAGGACUCAUGCGUUCCCGGAAGGUCUCCCUCACUUAACCCCGGCCCAAGACAAGAAGGUUAAGGAGGGAAACGAGUUCGCAAGGUUCGUGGGCAAGUUGGGGAUUCAUGCUCAGCGUCUAGCAAUUCCCUUCUGGAUUGAAAAUCCGAGCUGCUCCUUCCUGUGGAUGCAACCAGAGAUGAUCACUGUGCAGGGCUUGCCGUUUGUGGGCUUUUGGGUUUUUGAUUGUUGUGUCUACGGCACAGCUUGGCGCAAACGUACGCGGGUCCUUACCAACACUGGGCUAGCCUGCCAGAAGACAUUUUGUCGCGGCUGCAAAAGACACCAGGUGCUCAGAGGCGUGCCACUGGUAGGUGCCAAGACUGAGAAGCUGGAGAAAAGAUUGUGGGAAGGUUUUCUCGAGUGGAUCGCCGAGGACUGUAAGCCAGAUAUGGUCAAGUUGCUCACCUCCUCCGCUUCUACAACCUCCACGUUGCUCCAAUUGUACGGUGAGUACCUUUUCGAGGUCGGUGCGCCGCUCAGCUCCUUUAGACACUUAGUCACUUUUGCUCAAAGGCUGUAUCCCGAUUUCAAACUGCACUCCAAGCCCUGUUGGGAUCACGUAACAAAAUGGGAGAUAGUGGAACCUUUGGUGCACAGAGUUCCUCUACCUGAGCGGCUCUGUGAAGCUAUGGCUGCAGUGGCGUUUGCGUGGAAGUGGCCUCGUUUUGGGCUUGUCCUCCUCAUCGCGUUUUAUGGGAUCCUUCGAAUAGGCGAAGUUGUCUCUGCUUUCCGAAGUUCUUUGGUGCUUCCUUCAGAUCUUUUGUCAGACAAGCUGGAUAAGUUGUGCAAAAAGUUCAGAGCCCUUGUUUCCUUUGUCAGCCCAGACAUUCAGAAGACGGUGGGACCAGAAGUGGUGGAGGCAGUCUCCGACUACGCGGUCCUGGAGUUUGCGGCUUCCGACGUGCUCUUCGGUUACCCGUUUUUCUGCUUCGUCGGCUACACGAAUCCGCUUUUCGCCUCCGAGACCUUCGAGCUUCCCAGUGCCGCAGCCGAAUACCGGCCGUGCAAAACUUUUCAGUGGGCAGUCUCCGACUACGCGGUCCUGGAGUUUGCGGCUUCCGACGUGCUCUUCGGUUACCCGUUUUUCUGCUUCGUCGGCUACACGAAUCCGCUUUUCGCCUCCGAGACCUUCGAGCUUCCCAGUGCCGCAGCCGAAUACCGGCCGUGCAAAACUUUUCAGUGGGCACCGCUUGCGCAGUGA